AUGGCCGGGCUGCUGCAGAGCCGCCCGGGGCUCCCGACACCGCCCGGAACCGGCCCCGAGCCCGGCGGGACCCGCGGGCUUCGGCAGAGCGGCGCCGCCACCGCCGGCCGCCUCUGCCCCGCGGGGGGCACCGGAACGCGACGCACCGCGCGCGCCCGCCCGCCAAUCACAGCGGCCGCCGCCCGCCCGGCCGCCAAUCACAGCGCAGGAACGCGCUGCCAGCGCGCGGCGGGCGAGAGGCCCCGGCGGGAAGCAGCGGUGCGGCACGGAGUCCCUGCAGAUUUUGGCAAACGGGUGUACCAAGGAGUGCGAGUGAAGCACACGGUCAAGGAUCUCCUGGCUGAGAAGCGAUCCCGGCAGAGCAGCGGCUCCCGCUUCAGCGGCAGCACCAGCACAGCACCGUCACCCUUUGGCCAAAUGCCAGGCUCACCCACCACGGCUGGUUACUACGGCGUCCGCAGAUCCUUCCCGGCCGAGCUGGAUUUCCACAGCACCAAGCAGUUUGUCAGCGAUGCCUAUCCCUCCCCUCUGGGCUCCAAACCCUUCCCGUGUGACCCCUCUGCCCCCCAGGGCUACCCAGCCCUCCUGGAGCCCUAUCUCAGCGAGCAGUUCGGGGAUCACCGUGCUCCUCCUGUCCCAGCUGCCACCAGCUCCUUCUUCAGCGCUCCGGCCGUGCCCCCUCUCCUGCCAUCCUUCCCCAACGACACGGGGCACUUCCUGCUCAGAGAGCCCUGGGAGCAGCCCUCACCCGAGAGCCUCAGCCAGCCUGGCAGUGCCUGCUCAGAGCCUCUGCAGCCGCUCCCUGCCACCUCCAGCUGCCUCUCCCUGCCUGAAUCUGGAGCUGCUGCCCCGUUCCGAGGCUCAGGUUGGACCCCAGCCCUCCCUGGAGCCCAGCCCUACCCUCUGCACCCCCUUGAAGAUGCUCACUACUCCCCCAGCUGUGCAGCCACCUCGCCCUACAGCUUGUCCCCCUUCAUGGCCGUGGCCAGUGAGCCCUCCAGGAUGAGCCACCUGUGCCCUGAGCCACCCUCGGAGCCACCACACCUUCCCGAGCACUCUGCCUGGGCCAAAGAGGAUGGAAGUGCCCUCUGGGGGACUUAUGAAGGCAGGAGACCUUACUGA